GACUCAGACGACGACGAUAAAACACCCUUACCCUUCCCACAAGCUCUCCCUCGCUCCGAUUUCCUCACCCCAAACUUUACACCAGAAGCCUACCUCUCUACUCUCCACAACAGACAUCAAACCCUCGAAGACUUACGCAGCGACCUACGCCAACGCUCUCAAUCCAUCUCUACAGAACUCCUCGAUCUCGUAAACGCAAACUAUGAGGAAUUUCUGUCUCUAGGACUGAGAUUAAAAGGCGGAGAGGAAAAGAUCGAAGAAGUUAGAGUCGGCGUCCUAGGUUUCGGCAGAGAAGUAAGCAGCGUACGCGAUCUCGUCGCCUCACGAACCCAAGAAGUCGGAAACCUGCUAGAAGAGAAAAAGAAAAUCAAAAAGGAUGUCAUGGUGGGCAGACGCCUACUCGAGAUUGAAGAAAGACUAGAAGAUCUGGAAGCUCGUUUGAUGGUCGAACCAAACAACUCGCUAUCUGCAAACAACCCUUCUGCAAACGAUCUAGACUCGGAUGACGAGGAUGACGAAGACGAAGAUGGGGAUACGACUACUUCGACUACGCUUUCUCGGUUGAGGAGACAUGCGCAAGCAUAUCUCUUGCUUACACAUCUUACGCAAAAAGUUCUCGAUCAUCCUUUUGUGGUAGCGCAACAAUCUCGACUUAUGCGCGUGAGGAACACACUGUUACUGGAUCUGAGGACGGCUCUCAAACAGGCACAAGCGGCUGGUGUAGGAGGGAAACAAUUACUCGACUUCUUGGUCAUAUACAGGGAGCUAGGAGAGACGGAAGAGGGUGUUGGAGCUCUGAAGGGAGUUUGA